AUGGUGGGCCCUCUGUGUCAUAGCAGCAAGCUUAGGGAGAUGACACCACUUUUUACCCUACAGCUUUCUUAUUUUUGUAAAAGCUGUGAGCAUUGUGAUAGCACUGGCUGGAUCAAGAUAUUUGGAGAAGGAACAAAGGUCAUAGUAACUGCCCCUGAUAUAAGCCUUGAUGCAGAUAUUUCUCCCAAGCCCACUAUUUUUCUUCCUUCAAUUGCUGAGACAAAUCUCCAUAAUGCCGGGACAUAUCUUUGUCUCCUUGAGAAAUUUUUCCCUGAUGUUAUUAAGGUCCAUUGGAAAGAAAAGGGUGACAAUAAGGUUCUGGAAUCCCAGCAGGGCAACACGAUGAAGACUAAUGACACAUACAUGAAGUUCAGCUGGCUAACUGUGAGUGGAAAGGCAAUGAAUAAAGAACACAACUGUAUCGUCAAACAUGAGAAUAAUAAAAAAGGAGUUGAUCAAUACAUUCUCUUUCCUCCAAUAAAGAAAGUUUCUAUGGAUCCAACAACUUGCUCGAAUGAUGAAAAUGAUGUGUUGCGGGUGCAGCUGACAAACACCUCUGCCUACUACACCUACCUCCUCCUGCUCCUCAAGAGUACAGUGCACUUGGCCAUCGUCAUCUUCUGCCUGUACAGAAGAACAGAUAUGUGUGGCAAUGGGAAGACUUCCUGAUGAAUGGUGGAACAAAGGGUCAUCUUGUCUUCAUGGUUUAUUAUCCCAAUAAUGUCUGCUGAGGAUGCAGCUGGGCUUGCUUGCUAGGUUCAGGCUCCUUAAGGUCACAUGUGUAUCAUCACUUGUUGUUAAAUAAAGGUUUUCAAAUUAGUGGACAAACUGAGCUGCUUCACUCUGCAAAAAGGAACAACCCAUGGCAGUGCCUUUCUUCACUAUCUCCAUUGUCCCCUCCAGCAUCCCAACCCAUCCAAGGUCUAAGGCCUAGUGUGCACAGCUUAUAGCUCCUAGUGACAGCUCUUGUUGCCCUUUAACUAGGUAAUACCCUGAAAGCCUCCAUUCUACACACUCAGAAGAGCUUUCUUUGCCUCUUGAAUUCUGUGCUUUGUUUUUCUUAAGAAACAAAUAAAUAAAACUAGUAAA